GGUACACAAAAAGCGAUGACGUUUUUGUCCUUUCACGGCGGCCAUAACAUACCUCGUGGGCUACGCGAGUUAGUAUCUGGAAUACAAAAAGCAUUUAUUCUAAAUAUAGAAAAGUGUAUGAUCAUGAAUCCAGAAAAAUUAAAACAGCUCCAAGAGCAAGUACGAAUAGGAGGAAAGGGUACUGCAAGGAGAAAGAAAAAGGUCGUCCAUAGAACUGCAACCACUGAUGAUAAGAAGUUACAAAGUUCACUCAAGAAGCUUUCUGUAAAUAAUAUACCAGGAAUAGAAGAGGUAAACAUGAUAAAAGAUGAUGGUCAGGUGAUACACUUUAACAAUCCAAAAGUUCAAGCAUCUCUAGCUGCUAACACUUUUGCUGUCAGUGGACAUGCAGAAAUGAAACAAAUAUCAGAGUUUUCCCCCGGAAUCUUAAACCAAUUUGGUGCCGAAAGAAAAAUUAUUAAUGUGUUUGCAGGGGGUGGAGAUUCCAGUAAACCAAACACAGAAGAUAUAGAUGAUGAUGAUGAUGGUGGUUUUCCCACGGGCCCAGUACCAAAUGGUUUUAAGGGUUUUGCCCUUUAA